AUGAACUUCAUUACCCACCAUAAAUCAAACUCCAGCACUCAUAUACCUCAGUCAUUACAGAAGGUCCAUAGCGCCAUCAAUCUUCGAAAACUCGCGCGCCGAAGAGAAUAUACCGGAUGUCGAGCACAGUUAAAAAGGCAUUCCACAUCUCGCGCCAGUGCUGGCACUUCCGAAGACAGGAUGUCAACCGAUAGCCAAGUACUCUAUAUGGCGCCCAAAAGCAAGUCGAGCCAGAAAGGAAGUCGCUCCUCAACUCAUGUAAACCAUCUGGACGUCAAAUCUCUUGGAACCACGAUCGAUACUAGAGCAACCGAAGACGAGAAGGCAGACCGUUUGGCAUGGAGGGUGAUCAGUCAGGAGAUUUCCGAAUGGCACUAUGUCUGUAAAUCAGGGAGACCGUAUUGCUGGUCGGAUGAAGCCAGAAGAAAGCGAACUCGCAAAAAGUUACGUUUCGACAACGAUUUCGAACAAGAGUUUCGGUCCGGAGAUGGUUCUGGAGAGAUGCUUGAAGAACGUGGCAGCGACUCGUCCGAUAUGAUCCUCGAAGAUGGAAAAGAUCUGAAUACUAUGGCACAUAUGAUUGCGGUUCAACUUCUUGGAUCCUGCUUCACUUUACCGAAUGAGUUUACGCAGAUGCAUUGCAAGAGCGUGCUUCCUGGAGGAAAUAGCAAAAAGACCGUAUCGGAUUCUCAGAUGAUCAGCUCGCUACGGCUACACAGUCAGUAUAGAUACUCGCCUUCUUUUGGUCACGAGGCUCGCAAUCCUUCUCCCGUACAAGUGUGGCAUGGUUUUUAUGAUGGAACCCCGUCACCUCCUGCGGAAGCAUCGGAAGUCCUUCCUUGGGAGUCAGUGAAUGACGAUUUCAAUUUCGGGAAAGGCAAAAACCGCCGAGUUCCAGACAAUUCAGAAGUGUCGAAUUCCUCCUUCGCAAUCGACGAUGUAGAUUACGUGCCUCGGCGAAACACUAUCGAUCGCGAUGUUAAUGCCGUUACAAAGGCAUGGUACAGACGCAAUAGCCUCCGUCAAGCAGUUUCCCGAUCCUUAACACUACCAGUCUUGCCAGAAGAUGGAAAGGUAUUUGGGAUUGGACGUGGGAGGUCUAAAAAUGGUCGGAAACGUACAGAAGAUAUGAUGGCUUCACCGGAUGAAAGUCUGCAUUCUUCAACUCGCGCGAGCCGGGGUUCGAUCAAGCAACUACGAGAGUCAGGCUUCCGACUACAGCCAGUUCUUCGAUCAGAACCUCGCCCGGUAUUUGUGCAGCCUGUGAAAGAGCUUGUCGUCAAACGUUGGCGAACCUUCAGACGCAAGCUAUCAAGAGUUCCGCAUUCUCCGCACCAUACUGGUACUCCUCGCGAACGCAUGUCCGAGGCUUCAGAGUCUGGGAGGAGUACAAUGAGCGAUGACGGAAGGUUGAGAAGAAGAAGAGCGCAAGAAAGAGGAGAGAUAUAUAGUAGCUUUGACAGCGGACCGCACAACACCUCUCCAGCAAGUGGGUACUCUCCGGCAGAAAAGGAACGUCGCCUUUCGAGGCCAUACUGGGAGGAGAGCGAAGGGGGAAGUUGCCGCAGCAAGCUUGGAAAGGGCACAAUUUCGGGCAGCGAAGAAUGUACAACGCAUUACAACACUCCAUGCAGUGUGUUUCUUACACCGGAUGGAAUACAGCGCAUGACUUGGCUGACCUCAGCAGAAGCAAGUCCAACCCAGGAGCUUUCGGACUCUUUGGCGGUUGAAGCAGCAGCAGCGCUCAUUGUUCAUAAUCAUGUUGACCAUCUACAAGUACACACGGAUGCGGCAACGCCUUCCACUCCCUUACAGCCGCCACCAACCCCAAUCAUCUACUACACAGCCGGAUAUCCUAGUACACCUGGAUCAGUUAUUGGACUACCUCCAACGUUGUCAUCGUCGAAAGUGAUGGCUAAGGGAAAGGUUCCCAAUACUGCCGAAUUUCAGUUGAGGACUAUGCAAGCUCCUCCAGCAUUCCAGACCUCCACGAUGAGGAUUCCGAAAGAUCGACGACGUAAAAGCGGCCUAUCUGAAGUUUGUACGCCCGAGGAAUUCAGCCGCAGGUCAAGUCCCAAUCCAGAUGGAAGUGAACGAAACACGUUUAGCACUGCGGGAAGUGCACUUGCGACACCAGUUGAGGAUAGCUUGCCUCCCACAUAUCUCAGUAACGACCCCUCUCAUCCCAUUCCUAAAGAUCCGCUUGGAUACAACAACACAAUUACGACUCCGCCACCUAUCUCACAUAGACCAAGAUUGCACAGAAUGAGCACCAGCGGGACACAAGUUUUCAGCCCCAAUCCGGAUGGAAUAGAGGUUGAUGGGCUACCUGUCGGGCCUGGACAUGAGAUGUGGUCAGGUUCCAGAGAGAAGGGGGAGAGAUCAUACCUGUAA